GUGGCAAUAUUUGAGUGACUGCUCACAACCAUGACUAAUUCCCUCGGUCUAGUGAUCCUCUUCGCCGUGGUGAUAAUUGCAAAAGGAGCUUAUCAUCCGGUCGAAGCAGAUCAGCCAGAAUGGACCCAGCAUCAGAUAUCUCCUCGUGUCAACCUUACCGGAGUGUUCAAAGUGCUAGGUCGCAAGCUGGAAGAGGGGCUCCCCACCCCCGAGAACGGGCAGUUUCUUUGCUUGUAUUGCAACAUGCUUCUGAGCUUCGUCAAGAACAUUUCGACCGACAGGGGGUUUUUGGACAUGUUAGUCAGAACCAACAAGGAGGCUUGCCACUUCUUAAGUCCGGCAGGCUUCGAAAAGUACUGUGAAGACUAUGUGAGAGGAAUGCCAAACCUCAUUGUAACAUUUGUGGACGAAUACCUGGAUCCGGCGAAGAACUGUGCAACGGUGUGCCGUGGUAACUUUGUUCAGAAGAUGGAAGGGGCUCAGUCCAAGAAGUUUUGGAAGUAGGAACCACUUCCAUCCAACCCGGAGAAAUCGACAACUACGACCUGACAAAAGUUCUUGGUGAUAUUCAGUUUUGAAACGAUUGAAAGUUUAAGAAAGGAAAAUAUUAUUUUUUGCUACAGCUUGAAGUACCAAUCCUCAUUGUUUCAUUGCUUUGCAUUAAUAAUUGUGCUAUUUGGUAGACACCUUGUCAUUUAACAAAUAUCCAUUACUUCAUUGCUUUGCAUCAAUUAAUGUGCUAAUUGAUAGACAAUUGUCCUAAGAGCAGAUCUUAGAGAGGCAUUCGACACUAGGAAGAUAUUGGAGGGUCUCCCAUUAGCGCAUUUGGUACCAGAAGGAAACCCAAUUGUUUCGUUUUUGUCCGAUAGUUUGAUAGUGUAUUCCCGGGGACCCCCUUAUGAGGGUCGCCGGCGCGAGCCAGUUAGGAAAGAACACAAAUUCAAGAAAAUAAUUCAAACCGGGCAUAUGCUAAUCGUGGUCUCCGGAUAAAAUAUCAAAAAUGAGAUUAUAAUUUUAAGUCUCUGGGAAAUAUGCAGUUUCUGUAAAGCUAAAAAAAUAGGGUUGAAAUAUUGACAGCAAAAGGCGAGAACAACUGAGCAUGCACUGAGUGAACUAGGUCCCCAUGACACUCGAUGUUUUAAGAGUUAAGUAUAAGAAAACAAAAAUAAAUACUCACGUGAAUUUGGUGGAAAAGCCGAAGGACGGUGGCAACUCACACUAAAGAAAAUCAGGCUACAUACAGUAAAUGUCCAAUAGUAAGACUCAAAACAUGUAUAUGCAGACCGCCGCCCGGCGAGCUAGAAGUGCCCCCAGCCAGAGAAUUCUUCAAAAUGCCUUGCCCACUGGCAGUGCUGGACACAUGGGCCAUUACAGUACUCCAUGUGCAUUGAAUUAGAGAACAUUGAAAAAGCCCACUUUAUUUAUUUAUUUUUUUGUUAUUUAAGACACUAAUCUUGGCCCGGCCCCCAGAAAGAAUCCGCUAUCACAAAGAACAUGCUAAUAGCUGAGCGAACUAUGUACUUUUAGAACUUAAAACGGGUAUCUUGGCUUAGCCGCCCCCCCUUGCAAAAAAAGAGUGUUAAACACCCCAAACCUGUGGGCUUUAUUUAGUGAAUAAAACUACACGCAAAGACGUUUUUGUUACAGUGGUUAGAAGUCGGAGGGGUACACUCUAGACUAUUUACUGUUACCUAACACAUUCCCUAGACGUCUGAAAAGCAUUCCUGAGAUUCCGGUAAAACUGUGGCCAACACAAAGGGGGAGGUUCUCUCCAUCCCAUAUCUUGCUUCAAAUGUAGUUUGAUUGAGUCACGGUGUCAAAGUUUUACAUGAAUGUUUGGGAAUGUCUCCCUAUUAAAGGUAUCAAUCUCUAUUAAGGCCACGUAAAAAUCAUUAAUGACCAUCCCCGCCUGACCCUCCAAAUCAUUCUGACCCUUUUUUUCAGUUUUCAUUAAAAAGGGGGGGGGAUAUAAAAAAGCGCCGAAAAAUUACACGAGAAACGAUUCGAAGUUUACCUUUCGGUCUGAGAAUUCGCGCAAGACGAGCUAAUUCUCGAUCGGAGGCUGUUCCAUCUAUUCCACACGCGCUAGGAAAGGGCAAAGCUCCCAUUCAUUUAACUUAAGGAAAGGGUGAUAACCGGAAUUGGAACAGCACCACUGGCAAAUCAGACACGGCCGCGUCCGCAUUGCUGGCUGCACAAGCAUAAAGGGAAACUGAGCAGGGCUCGACUGUACUGGUAGGCCUAUCCUGUAUAAACAUGCCGGCAUUUAAACACAGUUCUUAAAAAAAAAAACUCUCCCCCACCCUCCCUUUUUGGACAGAAAGGACAAUUUUUUUCGCAUGGCCUAAAUAUUUUAGAUGCCUAGACGGUGUUAUGCAUGUAGAAUCAUUGUAGCAAUUAAGUCUUCUCUUAUAUUUUUGAGUGAGGUAUCCAUUGCAGAAUGGUUUAGAGAUACACCAUAAGCCCCACCUGCAUUGCCAGGGUGUAUAACCAGAAUGCGGAUGCCGAUCUUAAACGUAAUUAGAAAUGUACGCUAGAGAAGAGAGAUAAGCAUUCAAUAAUUAAAAUACUG